AUGGCUAAUUCAUUUGAGGUGUCAAUGCAAGAGGCAAGUGGUCCAGAGAUCUGGGAAGAUACAAGAGGCAAGGUGGACAUUUUUAUUGCAGGGAUCGGCACUGGUGGAACAAUUUCUGGGGUUGGUUGGUUCCUUAAACAGCAAAAUCCUAGCAUAAAGGUUAUUGGUUUGGAACCGUUAGAAAGCAACAUACUCUCUGGUGGGAAGCCUGGUCCUCACAAAAUUCAAGGAAUCCGAACAGGUUUUAUACCCAGAAAUUUGGAUCAAGCUAUAGUUGAUGAAAUCAUAGCGGUCAUUGUCUUAUCUUACCAUUACAUAUUGUUUCGAUUAAUUAUGGGAUUUUACUUCUAG